CUGGGCUGACAAUAGCGCGCGGGCUCACCUCCACGCGCACACAUUCGCAGAGAGGACGAACCGCGGCCGAGACGCAGGUCCGCGUCUAGGCAGCUGUUCACCUUAAAGACGCCGUUUUAGCGACCAUCACCCUAUGGAAUACCGUCUGUUUUCAGCUGCCUUCUGACACGCGAUGGACGUGUAAACUUUAUGUAUUUAUUUUCUUCUUCAAAUGGGAAUUACGUGCGCGCGUGAAACUUUGACUACCUUUCCCCCCCAGUGACUGUCAGAGACGCUUCAGCUCUAAACAUGCCGGAGCGAAUAAGCAUUUCGGACUUUGUGGUCCUGACUAACGAGGAUUUGUCUUCGCCCGGGACGUCAAGUUUUCAAUCCAAAAUGAGCGACUGUAGGAACACAGUUUCAACCGUGGAGGAGUCUCUGGAGAUGGAUCAUGCAACUCUACAGAAGAUGAAGAAGAUGAUCAAAAAUAUACACACUUCUGGACUCUCACAUGUGGAAAGCAAGGAGCAAUAUAUUGAGGUGCUGGAGAACCUGGGGAAUAGCCACCUGACCCAGGACAACAAUGAAGUCUCCACAGGCUUCCUCAACCUGGCUGUGUUCACCAGAGAGGUCACGGCCCUCUUCAAAAAUCUGGUGCAAAACCUCAACAACAUCAUGGCAUUUCCUUUGGAAAAUGUGCUGAAGUCAGAACUCCGGGACAGCAGAUUAGAACUCAAGAAACAGAUGGAGAAGAGUUGGAAGGAGUACGACGUAAAAAUAGGGAAGCUAGAGAAGGAGAAGAAGGAGAAGACCAGGCAGCUGGGGCUGAUCAGGAUGGAGGUCUCAGAUGGAGGGGAGGACAUGGAGAGAGAGAGAAGGAGCUUUCAGCUGCAAAUGUGUGAGUAUCUUUUGAAGAUCCAGGAGCUCAAGAUGCGUCAGGGCCCUGAUCUUCUCCAGAGCCUCAUCAAAUAUUUCCAGGCCCAGCUCAGUUUCUUUCAGGAUGGCCUGAAAGCUGCAGAGAAUCUCGCUCCCUUUAUCGAGAAGCUUGCGGCUUCUGUUCAUACGGUGCGUCUGGACCAGGACGAGGAGGUAAAACAACUCACUCAGUUGAGGGAGUCUCUCAGAUUACUUCUGCAAGUGGAGGGGAAAGAGGAAUAUCUGAACCGGAAGAACUCUGGCAACGGGUACAGCAUCCACCAACCGCAGGGCAAUAAGAAGUAUGGGACAGAGAAAUCUGGCUUUCUCCUCAAGAAGAGUGAUGGGAUCAGGAAGGUGUGGCAGAAGAGAAAGUGUGGAGUGAAAUUUGGAUGCCUGACCAUUUCUCACAGUACGAUCAAUCGCCCACCAGCCAAGCUGAACCUACUGACCUGUCAGGUGCGACCCAACCCGGAGGACAAGAGGACCUUUGACCUGGUUACUCAUAAUCGGACGUACCAUUUCCAGGCCGAAGACGAGCAGGAAUGUAUGAUUUGGGUGUCAGUGCUGCAGAACAGCAAGGAGGAAGCCCUGAACACAGCGCUGGGAGGAGACCAGCUCCACCUCCAGGACAGCGGGCUCCAGGAGCUCUCCCGAGCCAUCAUCUCUGAGCUGCGAAACAUGCCUGGCAACGAGGCCUGCGCUGACUGUGGAGCUCCAGAUCCAACGUGGCUGUCGACCAAUUUGGGCAUCCUGACCUGUAUAGAGUGCUCUGGCAUCCACAGAGAGCUGGGUGUCCACUACUCCAGGAUCCAGUCACUCACUUUGGACUUACUGAGCACCUCUGAGCUUCUGUUGGCUGUCAGUAUUGGCAACACCAGAUUCAAUGACAUCAUGGAGGCGGGCCUUCCAAAUGACUCUAUCAAACCAUUGCCACAAAGUGACAUGAAUGCCAGAAAGGAGUACAUUGUGGCAAAGUAUGCCGAGCGUCGAUAUGUCAUGUGUAGAGAAGAAGCAGAUCCCGGCCGGCUGUAUGACGCUGUGAAGAGUCGGGACCUCACUUCGCUUCUACAGCUCUAUGCUGAAGGAGUGGACCUGGCCAAACCACUGACUCUGCCUGACGGACAGGGGAUCAAAGAGACAGCCCUCCAUCUUGCUGUGCGUCUGGAGGAAAAAAGCUCUCUGGCGCUGGUGGAUUUCCUCUGCCAGAACAGCAACUGUCUGGAGAAGCGAACAGCAGAAGGAAACACGGCUCUUCACUACAGCGUCCAGCAUCACAAACCGGAGUCUCUCAAGUUACUGCUCAAAGCAAAAGCAGCCCUACACACAGUGAACUCUGCAGGAGAGACGGCCCUUGAUGCUGCACGGAGGCUGCAGCACACACAGUGUGUCGAGCUGCUGGAACUGGCCCAGAGUGGGAAGUUUAACUCUCAGAUCCACGUGGAGUUCAUGUGGGAGACUCAGUCCCAGGAGUUUUAUGACAGUGAGGAUGACCUGGAUGAGAGGGUGAGCCCCUUACCCAAAAACCGUUCUCCUUCGUCCUCAAGCGGAGGUGGCGGAACUUCAUUUGCCCGCUGGAGUACUGUUAAUGGUGCCAAUGGGUCUGUGGGAAGCAGGCCUUGUCAAACAUAUGAGAAUCUAGACUUCCUGUACAGAAAUCCUCCAGCCAACAGCGCCCCCUCUGGAGCAUCAGUGCCACCACCACUGCCAGCUAAAUGCAUUCAGAGAGGUCGCUCGGACCCUCAGAUUUCAGUCACAACACAGGAAGGCCACCCACCUCCACGACGCUGCUCGAACCCAGCGUCCCACUCCUCCAGUCCCCAGACACAGGCCAGACAUGGCUCAUCUUCACCCAACACAGAAAACCAAGGCCAAGGGGGGAGGACACCUAGGUCUCCACACGGACAGGGAGGCCUGCUCAGGGGCCAGAAGCAGACCUGGGAGGGCCAAACUGGUGCCGGGUCUCAAACUAGUGCCACGUUAACAUCUUCUCAGAACCACAUAGGGCCGGUCAGUUCAGAGAAGACUACAUCCUAUCGUCGGACCAGCAGUGGAGGUGGCAGCCAGGGAAGGAAUAGUAUGUUGUCUCCAAGCUGUGUGGGCAGUCAGGAGGAGCUGUACUGCAGCUUAGUGGGGAAUAGUUCAGGUCAAGCUCCGGCUCCAGCACCGUCAUCCUCACCUACGGUGACCUGUGGCCCACGACCACGCAGGAACGCUAUGGUUUCUGGCAGCAGGCCACAUCAGAAGCGUGUCAAGGCUUUAGUGGACUGCAGAGCAGUCAGUUCUGAACAGCUCGCCUUUUUCAAAGAUGAGAUCAUUGUGGUCACGGCCACUAGUGACCCCUACUGGUGGGUUGGUCACAUAGAGGGGGACCCAAGCAGGAAUGGGACCUUUCCUGUCAACUAUGUACACAAACUGACAGACUGAAGAAACAUGGAAAUGUGAAUGUACUGUAUGGUAACAUAGCAGAGGAACUGAACCGGUAUGGAGUGCUUACUGAAAACGUAUUGUCACUACACAGUGGAUUUUAUCUACACGAGUGGACAGCGUUAUUCUCCUGGAUCUAAUUCAAACUUUGGGGAUUGGGAAAACACUAUUUCCACGAGGACAUACUUGCCAAAGGAUACUCGAGGAUAUAAAUGGCACAGGGAACUGACGGCUUUAACUGAUCCAUAUAACCUCUCACUCCAAGGGCAAUAUUUUUUCUUCUAGUGGUGUAUCCUUGCUUUUUGUUUUAUUUUUUGUUUUUUUACAUUGGAUCAUGUUUCUCCAGUUGUCUAAAACCAUGAAUCACUAUUAAUAGGUACGGGCGCAUUUGUAGUUGAGACAGAAACUGCUCUGAUGUCCAUUUAACUAUUAAGUUUCACUAUAUUGCAGAUGUUUAAGCUGUUCGUACUGAUCUAGGAUCUGUACCUAGAGGCUAAACUUACCUGCAGGGCAUAACCCUUUAAGGCACUUUAAACUCUCUGAGGAGAAAUCUUUGUUUUUUUCUGAGUGGAAUCUGUCUGGUCUUUCAAAUCACAGUAUACUGAGACUUGGAGGUCCAAACCUGCUCAGUCUCUGUUGCAGCCUGCCCUGGAACUCUAAAAGUGGCUUUGUGCCUGCCAGUCUGUCUCCAACAAAGCGGCAGGCGUCUUGGCAGCCCGAGGAGAGAUCUGAAACUAGCUCAGCCAUCUUGGCUCUGGGCAUGGCUCACAGACUGCAAGGAGAGUGGAGGAUCCAGUUUCUCCUGCUUCAGACAUCUGUCUCCGGAGAACCUCCAAACAACAUUGUCUAAAUGGGAGCCAGAGAGAAAAAACACAGCUGCAUAAUCAGUGUUCAGAAAGGAUGUCGUCUUAUCAAACUGAAUGCAAACACUGACAGUGAUGGGUAAAGGCCAGCAGGAAGCAGGUUUUUACUUCCUUUUAAUCAUUCCUGAGUUAAAACAAACCUGUGAACAGUGGGUUUGCCUCAUCACGGUUUCAUGCCAACAUUGCAUUUCAAUGAUUAAGCAAACAAAACAGGCACGUUAUCAGAUAAUCAUGGGGCAGGGGAUGACUGUAGGUAGGAGCUCUAUCAAAAGUAAAUAAUAGUAAAUUAACUCAAUUCAGUCAGUAUAUUUGUAACAUAUACAUGAAACAUGUUAAAUAAAGUGUCAUUCAGUUUUUUGUAGUGUAAA